AUGAAUUCUAUAGAAGGAGAAUUACAUAGAAUUCCAAAGAAAUACAUCAAUCCUUUAGAGCCUAGGGGAAAAGGCGAGGGCUUGAGAGUAAAUGGAAAAGAAUGGAAAAUCCAGAAAGAUGCAUUUAGGGGGAAGAAUACUGGUACAAAGAAACAGAGUAGCUGGGCAAAAAGGGAGGAAAUGAAGCUUCAAGAAAAGCAAUUCAAAGAUCGAUUGAACAAUUUGAAACAAGAAAAAGUGAACGAGAGAGAUAACAAGAUUGCUGAAAGCAAAAGAAGAAGAGAGAUAAAAGAAGAAAAGGAAAGGUACGAGAGAAUUGCUUUAAAGAUGCAUGCGAAGAAAGUCGAGAGAAUGAGAAAAAGGGAGAAGAGAAACAAGAUGCUCAAAGAGCGCUAG